CCUCUCUCUCUCUCUCUCUCUCUCUCUCUCUCUAUGUAUAUAUACACCCCUCCUUCCUUCUCUUCUCUAUUUUUCUCCUCUCGUUUUUCGCACUCAAUUCAAUACCUAUCUCUCUAUACAUACAUACAUACAUACAUACAUACAUACACCUUCUGUAUCUAUCUACAUUUCUGCAUUUUCUAGGGUUUUUGUUUCGCCUUCCAUUCAGGUUUUGGAUCUGAAAGAUUACCGGCAUUUCCAAGAUUUGUUGGCGUUUCGCAUUUGAGCUCAGAAACAGUACCAAAUAUCAAUUGUGGAUUAGUUUUUAACGCUGAGUACGGUUCUCGCCCGUCCUCCCCCCAAGCUCACACACAGAUACAAUAACAGAGAUGUUGGCUAGUGGAUGGAGAUGUGCAUGUAAGACUGAACUGUGCCUCUGUUUGACAGCUUUCCCUGCUCUUGAUUCUUUAUUGCCUCUUGACUUUGACACAUUCCUGUGAUCAUUAGUUUUCAGGAGUCUUCCGCUUGAUGGACUGCUUUCUAACCAUUAGUGACAAGAAAAAUUUGAAGAGGUGGUUUUUCAUUGAUAAGAGGGUUGGAUAAAAGGCUUUUUCUGAAAUUGGGGUUCUGAAAUAAACUGCUUUGCAGUUGAUUGGAGACCAAGUGUCAAUUAUCACAUAGUAUUUAAGGUGAUAUCUUCCUUAAAUGAACCUGGAUUUGAUGGACGUGAAAUCAAAUCAUAGUGCUCCUGUUCUCGCUGAUCCUGCACCCAUGAACAAUACAAGAUUAGGUAUCCAUUCUAGUUUAUACUCACCCCCGGGUGUAGUUUUCUCUCACGGACUCUACUUAACAAUCCCAAGAAAAAAAACCAAUACACUUGACGAUUUUCGUUCCAGCUCUUGGCUGGAUGCCAUGAAAUCCUCAUCUCCUACUCAUAGGAAGAUCACAAAAGAUUCUGGCACUGAUCUGGUAUCAACGGAUGCUGAUGUUGCUUAUCGCAAUUGGAUGCUUAAGUAUCCCUCGGCACUUGCAUCUUUUGAGCAAAUAACUAAUUAUGCAAAGGGCAAGAGAAUAGCUUUGUUUCUGGACUAUGAUGGGACUCUUUCCACUAUUGUAGACAACCCAGACUGUGCCUUCAUGUCUAAUCCUAUGCGUGCUACUGUGAGGAAUUUGGCAAAAUAUUUCCCAACAGCAAUAAUUAGUGGGAGAAGCCGUGACAAGGUGUACGAGUUUGUAGGACUAACAGAACUCUAUUAUGCUGGUAGUCAUGGGAUGGACAUUAUUGGCCCUGUUCGGCCCAUGUCUAAUGACCCUCCAAACUGUAUUAGGUCCACUGACAAUCAGGGUAAGGAAGUAAACUUGUUCCAGCCUGCUAGUGAAUUCUUACCUAUGAUCGAUGAGGUUUUUAGAUCCCUUGUCGAGAUUACUAAAGAUAUUAAUGGGGCAAAAGUGGAGAACAAUAAGUUUUGUGUCUCCGUACACUACCGUAAUGUGGAUGAGCAGUAUUGGACAACAAUUGCAGAAUCCGUCCAUGAUAUUCUAAAGGACUACCCUCGUCUACGAUUGACACAUGGCCGGAAGGUUUUAGAGGUCCGGCCUGUGCUUGAUUGGGAUAAGGGUAAAGCUGUCGAGUUCUUACUUGAAUCGCUUGGGUUAAGUAAUUGUGAUGAUGUGCUCCCGAUUUACAUUGGAGAUGACCGGACUGAUGAAGAUGCAUUUAAGGUUUUGAGAGUGGGAAAUCGUGGUUAUGGCAUAUUGGUGUCUUCAGCGCCUAAGGAAAGUAAUGCAUUAUACUCUCUCAGGGACCCGUCAGAGGUGAUGGAGUUUCUCAAGUCACUGGUAAUGUGGAAGAAGUCAAGUCCACUAUAGUAUAUGAUACACAAAGAAGACUAUACUCUGAUAUAUAUCACACAAAUACCAAAUUACAAAGAUAAUAUAUAUAUAUAUAUAUGUUCUGAGUUUUUAAAAAAAUUACAGAAUUUUGAAGUGGAAGCGCAAGGAGUCAUCAGUAACAGCUGCAGAUCAUUU